AUGCGGGAGCUGCGCUCGUCCUCCUUCUGGAGGGCCAUCCUGGCCGAGUUCCUGGGCAGCCUCCUCUAUGCCCUGCUGGGGCUGGGGGCCUCGCUGCGCUGGGCCCCGGGCCCCCACGGCGUCCUGGGGGCCGCCCUGGCCUUCGGGCUGGCCCAGGCCACCCUGGUGCAGGCGCUGGGGCACGUCAGCGGGGGGCACCUCAACCCGGCCAUCACGCUGGCCUUCCUGCUGGCCUCGCAGCUCUCCCUGCCCCGCGCCCUGGGCUACCUCCUGGCCCAGCUGCUGGGUGCCCUGGCCGGGGCCGGCGUCCUCUAUGGGGUGACACCAGCCCCCGUGCGCGGCACCCUCGGCCUCAGCGCGCUGCACCCCAGCGUGGGCCCGGGCCAGGGCACGGUGGUGGAGCUGCUGCUGACCGCCCAGUUCAUCCUCUGCGUCUUCGCCAGCUUCGACGACCGCCACGACGGGCGCCCAGGCUCGGCUGCGCUGCCCGUCGGCUUCUCCCUCGCACUCGGCCACCUCUUCGGGAUCCACUACACGGGCGCCGGCAUGAACCCCGCACGGUCCUUUGCCCCCGCCGUCAUCACCCGCAACUUCACCAACCACUGGGUGUACUGGGCCGGCCCGCUGCUGGGCGCCGUGGUGGCCGCGCUGCUCUACGAGUUCGCGCUGUGCCCGCGGCCGCGCAGCCUGGCCGAGCGCCUGGCCGUCCUCAAGGGAGAGCCGCCCGCCGCCGAGCCGCCGCCCGAGCCGCCCGCCGAGCCGCUGGAGCUGAAGACGCAGGGGCUGUAG